CACGGCCUGGUGCGGAUGAACUCAAGCCAGCUAGCCCCCAAAGGGCUGGCCCGCUGGCGGGACCAGGAGGAGAAGAGGGGCCUGGAGAUCAUAGAGCAGCAGCAGAGGGAGCUGUGCAUCCUUCCGACCUCCAAACUGACCCACAAGGGCGAAGUCGAGAUCCUGCGUGACACGGACCAGAUGCUGACCCUGGAGGAUCUGGUGAGACCCGUGGUGUCCACAGACUGCAGCCCCCUGGCCCUGCCUGCCAUGUCAGAGGACCCCAUGGAGCUGCAUGAGCACCACUUCUUAGACUCCAGCUGCCACAUCGGCAAGGAUGGGAAGCCCUCCUGUGAGCUGCCAGGCCUCUCUGAAGCCAACAGGAGGGCGGAGGACGAUGCCAUCCAGAGAGCCCUCGUGUCCUCUCCAGUGCUGCCCCAAACCUCGGAGAAACCGCCCAUGGAGCCCCAGGACAGGUGUGUUCCCUCCAGGCUGCAGAUGUCUGCGGAGCCCACAAGGCCCCCCUGGGAGGGCACUGUGGCCAUGUUCUCCAUUAAGCAGUUCCGGGUCAAGGCCCAGCUGGUCUCAGGACACAGCUGUCAGCUCCUCAUGACCCUGCCCGAGGUGAUCCGCUCAGCAGGCUGCAUCCCCCACCACAUCGUCUGGGACCUUCUGGCUAGCAUCUGCCCAGCCAAGGCCAAGGACACCUGCGUGGUCAGACUGUGCCCCCAGGGGGCUCGGGACACCCAGAACUGCCACCUGCUCUACUCCUACCUCAACAACAAGCAGUGCCAUGGCUUGGCAGCGGUGGAACACGUGAGGGUGGUCCUGCUGCCCCUGCCCGCCUUCCAGCCCCUGCCCGCCAGGCUGCGCCCUCUCGGAGGCCCAGGCCUGGAAGUCACUCACCCCAGCCUGCUGCUGGCAGUGCUGCUCCCCACAGCAGGGCUUUCGGACGCGGCGGAAGCCGGCCCCUUGCUGGAGAAGAUUCGCAAGACGGUCUCCUUCAACAAGAAGGUGGAGAUGAGAUGCUUCCAGAGGAAGGACAGGAGGCGGGAUGUGGCCCCGAAGGGCUCCCCUCCCCCAGGGGGUGCCCUGCAGCAGAGCCAGUGCGAAGGCAGCCUGGCUCCCCGGGGAAGCUGUGCCUGGCAGAGGCCCUCCGGAGGCAGAGGGAGGCUGUGGGAAGAGCCUGAGACCUGGCAGGGUCCCGGGCCAGGGCAGUGGCCCACGAGACCAGGCUGGGGCCAGUCCUGGCAUCCCUAUUCCGAGGCCCCAGCUGGCCGGGGCAGGCACCCCCACAAGGCGUCCUGUCCCCAGCAAGCCCUGCUCCAGCACCUGGAAUCCCUGGUGACUAUGAGCCACCAGCUCCAAGCCUCCCUGAGAGCCCCGGGCCUGGAGCUCCCGCCCCAGCCCCCUGCAGCCUGUGCGAUCCUUGGACUCCUUUGCCGGCCGCCUGCAGCCCCAGAGCCCCCCAGACCUGCCCCUGACUCCUCUUUGGGCCCAACAGAUGGAGCUGGCUCUGAGCGUCCUCUCCCUGGAGGGACCUGACCCCGGAAGAGGGGCUUUGACUCCCUCCCCAGUGCUGAUCCCUGAGCUGGUCCAGGGGGACGUGGGGGUGGAGGAAGGGGAGGGCCAGCUCAGCCCACCUGCUCCUUUUGACUUUCAUAGUUUUGCAAACUGUUUUAGUGUUGAUUUUUUGUUGUUGUUGUUGUUCAAUAAAGAUUUUGAUAAAGCUGA